AUGAAAAAAUUAAUUACUCUUCUAAUUUGCAGUCUAUUGAUUAGUAGUAGUUUUGCUAAACUACCUACUUUCCCUGUCGAUCCUUAUGGAAUUACAGUUGGUGGUCUUUCAUCAGGAGCCUUUUUCGCUGUUUAAAUGCAUUUUGCCUUUUCCAAAACUAUUAAGGGAGCUGCCAUUACUGCUGGUGGUCCUUACUGGUGUGCUUAAGGUAACUUGGGUUAUGCCAUGAGUAACUGCAUGAGCUCCCCUUAAUUAAUUAAAAAUGAUGUCUUGAAUAAGAAAGCUGAAGAACUCGCUAAGUAAGGAGCUAUUGAUCCUCUCGUUAACCUUUCUGGAUCUAGAGCUUAUAUUUAUAGUGGAACUCUUGAUGAUGUUGUUAAGCCUGAUGUUGUAAAGAGCUUACAAAAGCAAUAUGAGAGUUUUGGUGUUUAAACUACUACUGUUUAUAAUGUUCCAUCUUAACAUGCUUACAUUACCAAAAACUUCGGUAAUAAAUGCAAUUUUAAAGGCACUCCUUACAUUAAUAAUUGCAAUUACGAUAUGGCAUAUGAUUCAUUAAGUGUUUUGUAUGACGACCUCUUCCCUGCUGUCGAUCCUAUAGCAAGCAAUUUGAUUGAAUUCGAUUAAGCUCCAUAUAUUGGUUCAAAUUACUCUAUGAACAGCAAAGGUUACGUUUAUGUGCCAACUGCUUGCAGAUAAAAUACAGAUAUUUGCAAAUUGUAUGUCUAAUUCCACGGCUGCCUUUAAACUACUUAAGAUAUUGGAACCGACUAUGUCACUAAAUUAGGACUUAAUGGCGUAGCUGAAGCUAAUAAUAUUAUUGUUCUUUAUCCUCAAGCUAAGGCAUCAAAGUCUAAUCCUAUGAAUCCAAAUGGAUGUUGGGAUUGGUUUGCCUAUGUUGACAACUUUGCCAAUACAACCAAAUACGUUACCAAAAGCGGAGCUCAAAUGGCUGCUGUAUGGAAGAUGGUUACAGAUUUAGUUGGUUAUGACCCUGAAACUGUAAAUAUUGACAAAUUAGAUAUGGAUUCAAUUUGA